AUGCUGCGUCUGUCGCCGCUUCGUCUCGCCAGCAAAGUUACCGCGGGCAAUGCAAAAAACCAGGCGGGCCAUCCCCGUCGCAAGGCUAAACUGUUUCAUGUCAUACCGGGCACCCCGGUGACGCCCAUGGAGAAGUUGAAGGAGCAGCGACGUCGUUACGGCCAGGACCGUCACUCAAGGUUGCCUGACUACCGUCCAGGGCGAAACGUUCGCAUGGACCCGAGCACCUUCACUCUGUACGCCACUACGAAGGGUGUUAUGACAAUUCGGGAGAGCCGGAUUCAUUCAGGGUAUAAAUGGCUGGACGUGGAGCCUGACAUCCAAAAGGUGUACCGAGGCUCGCAAAUGCGAAAGGCGCUGAGCAUACGGGGCAUGGCAUCAACUAUGGUGGCGAACAAUGCAUACUACAAGUCGGAGAUGGAUUUACUACUUGAGCCUCACUGGCGUGAGCGUGUGAGUCGUGUUCCUAAAGCAACGGAACGCUUUAAGGAUCCCAAUUUGUUUGUGCGGGGUGUCAUUACAGAACUUAGUCCCAUGGAUAGGUACUGCUACGAGUGA